AAAGCUUCUACACUCUUCUCUCCUCACUAGCGCUCUUCACCUUCAACCAACGCCGAGAGCUCUCGCCGCCGUUCGUCUCCGAAAGAGUGGAGUGUGGAAUUGAAACAAUGGCGACCGAUUCGGCAGUCGAUGACGUGGAGCAGCAGCCGGAGGACUUGCGAGAGGUGCUGGAUUUGAUGUUUACCGAGGAAGCUCUGAUCAGAAAUACAAUCAAGAUGGUGGAGGGUUUGUUGAGGGAAGGCUAUUUGAAUGUGGCUUUGGAGAUUGGGGCCAAGGUUCAGGACACCAAUGAGGUGCCCAGGGUUGUCACUGACACUGCUGUCAUCGAGUACUAUAUCAAUGCCGCCGGGGACAGGACUAAGGAUGCUCUCAAAGUGUUCAAUCACAUGUUGGUUUCAGGAGUGCAAGUGCAACCGAAUGCCUACACAUAUGCUGUUAUCAUCAAGGCACUUGCUGCUGCUGACCUUGAGAAGAACCUUGAUUUUGUUGGCUAUGCUAAAAGGUACUUUGUGGAGAUGUUGGACAGGGGAAUGCAGCCCAGUGAGGAGACUUAUGAGGCUGUGUUGAAUGGCAUUGGCCGCCGUGAGAACAGGGCUAACGCUGAGGAGGAGCGCAGAGAGUUUGUGGAGAAUGUGAAAGCAAAGGGGUUUAAGCUGGUGUUCCAGAAGGAGUCCGAGAAGAUGGCUAAUCCUCCACAGUUGAAGUCAGAGAUGGAUAUGCUUAAGGAACAUGUGAUGAAGGUGUUUGAGGAUGUCAUCAGAGAUUUUGAAGAUGAGAACGAGCAAAGGAGAUUCAGGCAGAUGGCAGAGGACUAUGACUCACUGAGCGCAACUGCAUUUAACUUUUAUGAUGCUUUGGUAGGAAAAGGGCUUAUUGAGGAAGCCAAGGAGCUCUUUAAGCCUUUGUUUGAGACAGCCAUACUUCCAGACGAGGCUGUUUUUACCAUCUGCAUUCUUUUUAGCAAGACCACCAGUGAUGCUCUGAGGGUGUAUGAGCACAUGUUAGCUUAUGGAAUCACCACCAGCUCCUGCACCUACAAUGUACUCAUUGCGAAACUUUCUCUUGAUGAUAAUUUCACUGGGCAUGCCAAGAAGUAUUACCUGGAAAUGUUGGACAAGGGUAUGAAGCCCUGUUUGAUGACCAGCUUGGCUUUGUUUAAAGGCAUUGCUUGCCUGGAGUCAUUGGAAAAUGGUGAGGAGUUUUUUGAGCAAGUAAAGCUCAAAGAGGUUUUACCUUGUGUUGAAGGUCGUGAACACCGUUUCACUAAGCUAAUGAAGGCAUUUCAGGCGUUCGACAAUCUCCAAAAGAAAACCACUGACAAACAUAUUCAAAAAAUUUUAAGCAAGUUUUCAGAUGAAGGUUUUGGGAAACAUGCUUCGAAAAUAUUCUGUGCCAUGGUUGAAGAUGGCAAUGUCAGCGAGGCAAUGGAUCUCUUUCAAUCGACAGCUGAGACUCGUAUCAAUCCCAUGGUCAUAGUCUACACAACUGUUAUUGAAGGUUACAUCAAAUGUAACAAGAACAAGGAUGCUCUUCAGACCUACCUGGACAUGUUAGCAGCUGGACUUGCACCUAACUCCUACGUCUACAGUGUUUUAAUCAAGGGACUUGCUGUUGAUGCCAACUUCCUUGGAGAUGCCAAGAAGUAUUUGAUUGAGAUGGUGGAUAAGCAGAUGCUUCCAAAUGCUGCUGCCUACACUGCAGUAUUUGAGAGUUUUACCCAGGAGGACCAGAAAGGUGAGGAAGAGGGAAAAGAGUUUCUAAAGGUCAUGGUGACAAAGGGGUUUGUCCCUGAUGCCGAGGCUGUGAAGAAGGUUUUAAAGGGCAGACCAACACAUGUAAUUCGCAGGGUCAUGAGCAUUAUCCUUUCCAAGUUGGAGUAG